AUCACUGCAAAUUGGAAAGAAAAGUGUUAAAUUUAUAUUUCAACUUACGUUUUUACUAAGAUCGGCAUAGAAAUUGCUCAAGAGACACACAAAACAGCUGAAAAAAUAAAGGGCGCAAAAACAAAAAAUCCCAAAAAAUGUAAAGACUGAAAAAAUUCGUCUUUCCACAGAAUUGUCCACGGAAAUCUGUAGUGUUGUCCAAUGUUGUGGAUCUUCCCACGUGGAUUAAAAAAUCAAAACAUUGCAAGAUGACAACAAAUCUCCAAUCAACAUCCCUAAUUGCAGCUGAACUUCCCGCCAGGCAGCGUGAGGAUGUCAAUCCCAAUCACAUGUGGAGCUGGAGAGUCGGUAAACGCAGAUCGCACUUCAAGGAAAGCAAGAAAAAGCCCAAAAAAGCUCGUGUUGCGCUGAGAAAUUUUAUUUGCAAUCGCAACGGUGUGGGGGUGGCAGAUGGUGAGAUCCUCAACAAUCUCUGGACACAAUAUGCUAAGGAUUUCCUGGAGAAGCAUGGUAUAAAUCCGGGAACAAUUGACACAAGAACGGAUUACAAAGAUAUCCUUCCAAAAAUGGAAUUAAUUGGUGCAAGAAUUGAGGUAAAAAAGGCUAAAUGUUCAUCAAUUGUGGGGAAAUGCGGUGUAAUUAUCAUGGACAGCAAGAAUAUGUUCACAUUAGUUAGCGAUGAGGGCAGAGUUAUUCAUCUUCCGAAAAUGGACUUGGCUUUUGAAUUAUCAAUUCAAAAUAUGAUUGUUCUCUUUUACGGGAAGUUUCUAACAAUGAGAAUUGCAGAUAGAUGCGUGAAAGCCUACAAAAGUGUUCAGAGCCAUGAAUUUUGAUGAUUUCAUUAAAAGAAAAUGAAACAAAUAUUUUGUACAAAAACAAA